AUGGAAAAGCUGAACCACGGACAACUAAAUACCACAAGGGUUACAGAAUUUAUUCUUCUUGGCUUCCCAGGCUCACCACAUUUUCAGCUCUCCAUCUUCAUAAUUUUUUUAAUCAUAUACUUUCUGACCAUCUUAGGAAAUCUCUCCAUCAUCCUUCUCAUAGUAACAUACCAGCAUCUCCACACUCCCAUGUACAUUUUCCUUUAUAAUCUUGCUUUAUUGGAAAUAUGGUUUACAACAGCUUCCAUCCCCAAGAUCCUUGCCAUCCUUCUAGGGGGGAGCAGAAGUAUAUCUUUCUCUUGCUGCAUUCUGCAAUUAUAUUUCAUUUUUUCUUUUGGAUGCACUGAACAGUUGCUAUUAGCUGUGAUGGCUUAUGACAGAUAUUUGGCUAUAUGUUAUCCUUUGCAUUACAGCACUAUCAUGACUAUCAACUUGUCUUGUAAGAUAGCUCUUGGAUGUUGGUUGGGGAGUUUCCUUCUUAUUUGCAUACCCACAUAUAUGGUUACAACACUGUCCUUCUGUGGGCCCAAUGUGAUCAAUAAUUUCUAUUGUAACCUUGAUGCUUGGAUCAUACUGUCAUGUACAGAUACACGUUUCAUUGAGCUAACAUUUUUUUUCAUGGCUAUUGUUGUUGUUAUAGGCUCCUGUAUGAUGACUCUUCUUUCCUAUAUGUACAUUAUUUCCACAAUCCUAUGUAUCCCUUCCACCAAAGGUCGACAAAAAGCUUUUUCCACAUGUUCUUCCCACCUUGCUGUUGUGAUCAUUUGGUAUGGUUCCACCAUGUUCCUCUUUGUCAAGCCUUCUAAAGAAAUGUCUUUAGAAAAGAAUAAGUUAGUAAGUGUCUUCAACGUAAUUUUGGUCCCACUUCUGAAUCCUUUUAUUUAUACAUUAAGAAACAAAGACAUUAGGGAUAUUUUGAAGAAUGUAUUUCACAGGUGA